AUGGUUGUCACCGACACAGUCACCAGACUCCACCUCGAUAUGCCCAAAGGUCCUCUAGAUCGCUUCACACCAUCACGUCAGGGUCACCAAAGUUUACGGCAUUACACUAUGGAGACAAGCAGAGAGUACGAUUGGGCCAAGAUGGAGAUAAAAACUAAACCGACUCAGCCCAAACAAACCACCGCCAGAAAAGAGCUCAAGAAAGCCAUGAUGAAGAGAGAAAACAUGAGUAAAGACAGCAGGCAGGACUUCAUGGUUCUGGAGAGACAGAAGGCCGUGCUCCAGUUAUCCAUUCUGACAAAGAGAGCAGAGAUGGAUAAAAUGGACCGGAUCAUUGCUGAAGAGGAAAAAGUUCUGAAGGCUCUGGAGACUCAGAUCGAGAAGGACAACAGGUUGUUUGAAGAAUGUCUGAAGGAACACGAGAAGAAGUCUGUGGAGGCGAGAACUUUCUUUGAACAUGAAGCUCGAUCCAAGCACCAGAAAAGUGUUGAGACCAAGAAACUGAUGGCUGAGAUUGCAACUAUAGAAAGUGAUGUGGAGAAGAUAGAGGAGACCCUGAUGGGCUAUAAACAUUACAAAGACCUUCUGUUCAAACUGUCUCCAGUGGAAUGGCAGGAGAAACAACUCGCCAAGGCCAGAAACAAAACUGAUUUGAUCGAAAAAAAAACUGAAGACAAAUCGUCUAUGCGAAAAUCUUCAACUCAAAGGGACACAGAGUGCAGCUUGAUUGAUGAUGAGUUGCAGUGUCAUCUCCAGGAGGACCCAGAGCUGUUCUUCUCAGACCCUCAGCAGCUACAGGACCUUUUGACUGAGCUGACUGAACAGAACCUGUCCUUGAUCCAGAACUCGGCUCGAGUUGAGGAGACUCUGGAGGAGCUACGAGCGACCAUCACCUCCACCAAACAACACAUUGAGGAAGAGGAGCAGCUCCUCUCUCAUCAGAUUGACAACAUGAAGCAGAGGAUUGAGAUGGAAAAGUCCAGAGGAAACAAACUCAGACAGAAAGUCCAACUGCAUGUGUCCCUCAACACACAAGACCAGGAUGUGUUGUUGGACGCUCUGGGAGACAAAGUGUCCCAGGUCCAUCAGGGCUGUGUGGACAAUUGCAUCUCCAGCAACAGCACCUUAGAAAAACUCACCCAGAUCGAGAGCACCCUCAGCGAACUUCUGCAGAACAUUGAGUCCAUACCAGAGGAGAGUCUGGAUCUGAUGAGAAGGGUGAAGGAGAGUGAGAAGAGAGCCAGGCAGCGUGAGGAGAAGUUGAGGGAGCAACAGGAAAAGCAAAAGGAGAGGAUGAGGAGGUACCUGGAGCGGUCCAUGUCUGAGCCAAAGAAAGUCUUUAAGAAAAGGCCUAUGCCAAAGUUUGUCCUUGUGGUUCAGAAAGCUCCAGUGUCUCAAGUGGAGGACACUACAGCAGAGGACGAGAUCCAGAAGUAUCUUUUCCCCUCUGACGACUCGGAUUAAACGAUGACUAAAGCAUGACUAAACUAGGACUAUAGCAGGUCUAAACCAUUACUAAAGUAGGACUAAACUUGGACUGAACC